GUCUUGGGUUCUCCAAACCUCCGGCGCUGCGCCGGAAAAUGAUCAAAUCUCCGCGCCCGCCCGUCAUCCGUGAUCCGUGAGACUCACCGGAUCACCGGCGGACAGAUCACACGGAGUACGGACCAAAACCCAUCGCAUCUGUCGGACACUCUGGAACUCUGACGCGAGGGGAACUGGCAUGGUUGCAUGGCGUGUGCGCGGCAUGUGGCGUCAUGUGGCGUGGGCGCAUCUGUGAUGGAAAAUUGUCGAUCGGCGACAUCCAACGGAUCGCGACAACCGUGCGAGCGUGCGAGGAGGGAUGUCAUGAUCUGGUCAGAUCGCCUGAUCGCCUGAUGGAUGAGGUCGUGUGCGUUACAUGCCACUGCGGUGGCGUGCGGAUCGCGGAUCGCGUGAGAAAAAGGGCAAGCUGGGUUAGCGGACGGCCUGUGCAGAUCGGGGUUGCGAUGUUCGCUUCGACCAAGCGAUCCGCGAUCGAUGCAUACGAGCGCGAAGAAGUGCGGCUUACGCGACAGACGAGUAAGCGCCCGACGCCGGCUGAUGCCUCACGCCUCGCGCCUCGCGCCUCACGCCCGACGUCCGACGCCCGACAUUCAAGGUGUCGGCCGAGGACAGGGCGCCGCCUCGCUCGCACCGUCUCGGUGACCUGACUAUUUGUCGAAAAGCUGCACUCUUUGUCGGAUCAGGAGGCUGUCUCCGUCGCCCUCUCAGAAGCGGUCCUGCCAUGCAAGCCAUCAGGCAAGACGCACUAGUCCGCUUGUCACCAUGACACCCUGGUGACCGCCAGCCAUUGUCCGUGACCCUCGUCGCGGUGCGAAGCGAGUCCGAAACGCUGUGCCUUUGUUCGCGUUCGCACGGACACGCUGGCCCACG